CGCACUGCCUCUCAUAGCUCAGACGCGCCAUUUAGAAACCAGUAAACUAUGCGGGAUAUCCCUGAGUGAGUGAACAGAAUUUAUUUGCAGCUUUGCGAUAAGAAGUUCGGCGCCCGUGAACUAAUGUCUGACCGUGAACGGAGCUAUAUUACACUCCACGUGCACUUCACCGUUUCAGAUUUUUGCUCGCCUCUUUCAGCGGGUGCGUAACUUUAAGAAGAAGACGUGGAUAUUUAGGAGCGUUUUGAUACAGGACGGCACAUCGUGUGCGUUAAGCAGCGUCAGGCAAAAGGAGGCAACAAGCAGCUCUCAUUUACAGGCAGAGGAGGGAGGAUACGGAGGAGUAUCAUAAGUGAGAGUUUCUAAAUAGAAAGUUGGUUCUGACUUAAACUUUUCUUUAAGUCGCGAGUAGGUUCUCUGAUUCAAACUAUUUUACGCAGAAAGUUGGAAAGAACAUCUACUAAGUUUUUAAACCUUGAACGGGGUUUUUAAUCACUAUGAGUGGACCAGUUGUUUACCUGAUGUGGAUAAUUUUAUUAUUGGGGACUGUCACCGGGGUCAGUGCUCAGGUUUCCACAGCUAAAGUGAUGAGGGGCAACAUGAGGAGAGACGACAGCAAUCGCCUCACCACAGACUUGUACCGCAAAGAGGAAAACAUCACAGUCACGCCGCUGGGUGGAGUCAUCCAAAGCCCACGCUAUCCCAACGCUUAUCCCCGCAAUCUGCUGCUGUCAUGGAAACUGCUGUCGCCGCCAGAGAGCCGCAUCCACCUGGAAUUUGAUGGACACUUCGGCCUGGAGGAGGCGGAGAACGGAAUCUGCAGGUAUGACUUUGUGGAGGUGGAGGACCAAUCAGAGACCAGCACUAUAAUUUGGGGUCGCUGGUGUGGGCAGAAGGCUCCACCCAGUCUCAACUCCAAAACCCACAUGCUUAGAGUCACCUUCAAGUCUGAUGAUUACUUUGUAGCAAAGCCGGGAUUCAAAGUCUACUAUUCACUGCUGUACGACUCUCCUCUGCCUGCAUCCAACACCAAUUGGGAGGCCGUCACCAUGUCCAUGAUGGAUGAUAGUGGAGGGAACAUGCAGGCAGCUGUCACGGAGGUUCCUUUCUCCUUGGAUGAUCUGGAUCGAACCAUAGCUGCCUUUGAUACUGUGGAACAGCUUUUUAGAUCCCUGAGUCCAGACACAUGGAGACAAGACCUGGACAGCAUCUACACUCAAACACACAUACAUUAUAGAUCCAGGGCCUAUCAUCUGGCAAGCAGACAUAAUAAAGUUGAUCUGAACCGUCUGUACGAUGAUGUCAAGCGCUAUAGCUGCACUCCUCGCAACUACUCAGUUAACCUGCGUGAGGAGCUGAGGGCCACCAAUGCUGUUUUCUUCCCUCGAUGUCUGCUGGUCAAACGCUGUGGAGGUAACUGUGGCUGUGGAACAAACAACUGGAAUAACGGCUGCACCUGCCAGGCCUCAAAGACGACACUCAAACUACACGAGGUGCUUAAAUACGCCCCAGAGGUCACCCUGUAUCAGCGCCAUCGGAGGCCGCAGCUGCGCUGGGUCAUCAGUGAGAUCUUCCUCACACACCAUGAAAACUGUGAGUGUGCGUGUCCCUCUCAACCGCCUCGCUGAGACACUCACACCGACACAGGCAUCUGGAACUGUUGGACAAGUUAUUCCUUUAUCUAUUUUGCAAACAGACUUUUUAUUAAAACAGCAACGCAGCAACACAUGCAGCAAAGAAGCUCAAGAACAAUCCAGCUGACUGACCACAACCCUGCAACAUGAUAACACUUUAAAGUAAAGCAGCUACCUUCCUAUGAAUACAGGCCAGCGCUGAAAUGUUCAAAUGUUUCCACUCAGACAUAUUUUAUUUAUCUUUAAUGCAACUCGGAGUCUAAAUCUUCCUGGAACAUUUGAACAUCACUCAUGCAUCACAAAGUGCUCCUUCUCUCCAAACAUGCAACAUUUUUAUGUAUGCCAACUUAAUGGAAAAGAAAGUGAAUGACUCAAACCACGCUUUAAAUUGUUUUUAUUCCUGUUUCAUGUGUUUGUGUUUGAGUCUCUUCGUGUUCUGAUAAGACUGUUUCUAGAAAGUUUAGGCACGUCUCCUGCCAGGAGCAUGCUGAGAUGAGUGAGCGUGAGACAGAAGGAAGGAGGGAAGAGGGGGUUAGAGGAAGCCUAAACCAAAAUAACACUUUAUCUUGAUGUGAAAUUAGGCUAACCACAACCCUCUAGGUCUGAAUUGUACUCUAACACACACAUACUCACUCCAGGCCUCAAUUUCCACCUUAAGAUAAAAGCAGUUCUGCUCUUUUUCUCUGCAGCUUUCCGUCUUAUUUUUGCAUCCCGUCUGCACACUUCCCCUUGUGCUUUCUUCCAUCCAUACACAUCCUACUCUUAUGUCUUUCUCUCUUCUCAUGCCCUUCAUCACUCGCUCUCAAACACAUCAAAGAAGCCUUCAGACCAGGCCAAUCCUCGUUCUGCCCGGUUCUCUUAGCGUUCCUGGCAUUCCAACGAAACCGGGAUUCUGUGACCAUGGAUUAAACUGUGAUCCUUACACCCUAAAUACAUAAGAGGAAAGCAGGAGGGCCACUCAGGAACACAGAGCGGGAGAGGGAGGAUGAGUGUUUUUAAGGGAGGCACAGGCGGCUGACAGAAAAGGGACAAUCAAGCCGCCUGUUUGUAGAUUACUAGCGCUCCUACAUGAGAGCUGAAGAGAGGAGCCACUCUCAUGAUCCAGCACAUGAAAGAUUGCCGCUACUUCAGUGCUUUCAAUCAGCACGUUCAUGAAUUCAGCAAGCCUGAUUUUUAGUCACACUGCUGUUUUUCCCCCAUGAAGAUGCCUAUAUGUAGUGCUAUCUGAACAACUGUUCUGCAAGUGUGCUGCAGAACUACAUCCAAAAAGUGAGAUGGGGGAAUGAGUGAUGUUUUUGCUCUGAUGAAGAGAAACUGAUACUUGCAGUGUAAAAGCUCCAAUUAGAGGACAUUUAUUUGCUAGAUGUCCGUAAAAAAUGUGAGAAAACUAAUUUUACGCCACGUUCAUCUGACAGGUCCAUAUGAAAAUCAGAAAAUGAGACAUGAAUUAUAAGUAAGAAUAACAAAAAAUACUUCAAAUGGGGCAGGCAUCAUGGAAUGUGUAGUUUACUGUCUAAAUAAGGGAAGUACAUUAUCUCAGGACACAUAAACUUUGCUUGCCCCAUUGACAUAUUUUCUUUAUUUAUUACAAGCCAUUUAGGCCUUAUUUUUUCCUUAGCCUCAAAUAAAAUGUCUCUCUGGACAUUUCCAGUGGUUGUGGCAUGUAGUUAGUACGUUACUUAUUUCAAAACUAACUUCUGAGGUGGCACAGGAUCAGACAAAACCCUUAAGAAGAGAGGUCCCCACUUAAUCCCAGUAAUGUCUUGGCUCUUGAUCCUCAUCAGUCUACAAACUCAAAUUCCAAAAAAGUCAAGACAGUCUGGCUGCAGACCGUUUAUUUCUGAUGGCCACUCUCCAUUUAUAUCAGUUUCUCUCAGAAAGGAAAUACAUGCUUUAAACUUUCCAAAUAAAAUUUGAUUUAACUUCUGCUUAGGUUAGGGUAAGGGUUAGGAUACCAAAAGUUAAAAGUCAAAAACCUGACCUGCAAAACUGAGUAACAAAACGUUUAAUAGAGCCAAAUAAACAGUCUGCUUACAGGAAAAAGCUUGUUCUCCAUGAAAACAUUCCAAUGCAGCAAGCAUAGAUUAAAUAGCUUCAUUAGCUGCAUAAGCUACAUAUCUACGUAGCUAAUGGUGUUAUGUAGCUAACAGAGGCUAAAAAGCCAAGCUCACAGAGAAGCUACGUAAGAUACACAUCUACGUCAUCUGUAUAGCUAAGUUAGCUUUAGCUACAUUUUCUUAAACUCACAUUGCUAAAGUUAACUUAGUUAAAGACGAGAGUUAUGUAGCUAGCAUAGCUACAUAGCAAAUGUAGCUAAACCUAAGCUCACAAAGUAGCUAUGUAAGUUACCUAGGUACAUUGUCUAUGAAGCUAAGUUAGCUUUUGCUACAUUUGCUAAAACUCAUGAUGCUAAAUCUAACUUAGCUACAUUGGCUUAUGUAGUAAUGUUAAAUACAAAGCCAGUGUUGCCAUAUAAACUUUAUCUAAAGCUAAUGAGGAUAAAGAUAGCCACCAUUAAUGUAUCUACUUCCAAUAUGGUUGUACAAAAAAUAAAUAUCUGACUUUUUUCUCAGUUUCAUUUAUGAAAUGUUUCUUAGUCUUAAAUGUUUGCUGUGUGGUUAUUAAUCAAUUCAACUGCCAGACUUUAUAAAUAAAGUUGAAUCAAACAAAAAUAAAUAAAUAAAUAAAAACUGGAGAAACAUUGGCAAACAACAACAAAUUACAGCACUUCCUUUCUGAGAUAUACAGCAUUUCAGAUUAUGUUCUGUGAGAGUGGCUGUCAGAGAUUACGGUCUGCAGCCAGACCUCUUAAAAAAGUUGGGUCAUUGUGUAAAAUGUAUAUGAAAAGCAGUACAGUGACUUGCUAAUAGUUGUCAACCUAUAUUUAAUAGAGGACAAAGUCAGGUUAUUUAAUGUUCUAACUGAUUAACAUGAUUUUUCUUUUAAUAGACACACUUUCUGAAUUUAUUACCUGCAACAAAUUUCCAAAAAAGUUGGAAAAGAUUGUGAGUGUUUAAAAAAACACCUGGAAUAUUCCAAAGAUAAAUCAAUAACAGGUGAUAGUACCAUGAUUGGGUAUGAAGUAGCACAUCUGAAAGUCUCAGCCAUUCACAGUCAGCAAUGGUGUUAGUUUCUCUCUUCUGCAUGGGCAAAAGUCUUAACAUUUUGUGAAAAACAAUACAAGGGAAUUUAGAGAUUUAACUAUCUCCAGCUCAUGAUGUCAAAAGAGUUGGAGAAUAGUUCUAUGACUUUUAAAGACCAUCGCUGGUUAACGCACAUCACUGCAUCAGUGAGAGUCAAAAUUCAAAGCGUAAGUCAUUUAUUUACAAAAUUCAAGAGUGCACCUGAUUCUCUUGGCAAUCUUGUUUAAGAUGGGCUGACCGGAAGUGGAAAAUUGUGCUGUGAUCCACAUUUCAAAGUGUUUUUGAAAGUAAUGGAAGUCAAAUUCUCUGGGCUGAAGAGGAAAAGGACCAUUCAGAUUAUUAUCAAUGCAAAGUUUAAAAGCCAGCAUCCGUGAUGGUUUGGGGUUAGUGCCUCUGGCUAGAGUAACUUGCACAUCUGAGAGGUACAUACAGUAAAAUACAUUUCAAUUAAUGUAAGUUGAAAGGGGUUUGCAAAACAUUGUAUACUUCUUUUAUAGACAUUUUACACAAUGUCCUCGCCUUUUUGGAAUUCGGGUUUGUACAUGGUAAGGCUUGGGAGCCCAAUAAGGGCCAUGUGGUAGGGUAGGUAGCUUCUGCAUUGCGACUGCUUGGAGCGUGCAUGUACACAGCUUAGGUCUGUUAAAGGUAGUGAUACUGUGGCGACUAAGGGCCAUGUUGUAGGUUAUCAGUAGCACAUAGGGGCAUGGUUACAAAGUAGGGGUCUCUUCACUGAUUGCUUAGGGUUAGCUUCAGGGCACAAUUAUCUUUUGUUUCUUUCAAAUUUCAACUAGUAAUUGGACAAGUGCACUAACUUAGAUUAAAGUUUUUGCAGCUCCAGUUUGUGUGUCUGUGUGUGUGGCUGCUCAGGAAGAAGUCUUUUGUUUAAGGGGUGGAGGGUUACCGACAGUCUGUUAGAGCUGGCAGCACAUAGACGCAUGUGACUGUGCAUGAAAGUGUGUUUAUUUGUGUGUGUGGGUAGCUAGAGUAUCAAAGCAACAGAGGGAGAUUUCAAACUUAUCAUCUCCGCACACAUGACCCAGCUGCUAGAAAUAAAAGACACUGUCAUCUGUCAUCUCCCCAUCAUCAUCACCUCCCAUGAGUCCCUCUGUCACAUGCUCAGACUCUCUCUCUCUCUCUUGCAGGCUGUGGAUUUACACAGAGAAAAUGGGAUUUUACACACUACUUUUGUUCUAAAGACAGGCAAAACAAAGAAUGAGUGGACACUGAGACGAUUUCAUCGUCACGGUGAAACCCGAUCAGCUUUGAGCUGCCAACGCUGUCAUGUGUGUGUACUGUAUAGUCAAGGCUGUUAUUUGACAGGUGCGAGGUAUAAAACACUUUUAACGUCUGUCAGGUCGUACAGCAAUGACGUUCCAAGUCAUUAAUGCCGUUAAGCCUCAUUCAAACACGAACACAUUGAUGUUAAGAGAUGGAAGAAGUCCAGCUUUUGUCUUCUGUUUUCUAAAGCUUGUUAUCAUUACUUGUUCUGCAUUUGAAUCACAAAGAAAUGCACAAUUCACUAAAGAGAGAGAAACAUUACUUCAGUAUAGUUUCAGUCGCUAAUGAGCCAGAUGGUUGUAAGGUAGCAUAUUGUUUCAAGAUGCUUUACCACAGAACAUGUAUAUACUAAACCAACAACAGUGUCAGAGCUUUAAUGAAUGCUGCUGCUAAAAGGAGAUAUAGUGCUGGUGCAUGUGUUGUACGUGUAAACAGUGUCUGUGUGCAUCCUGUGUCUGCCAGUUUCGUUGGUGUUAUCAGCACAUUCCAUUGUUGCGUGCUCCAAAGUGACAUUCCUCUUUUUCCUCAUAACUGGUUUGUUUUCCCCUCCAGUUCUUUCCAGUAGAACCACAUGUUCCUCAGUGUCACAUGUUGAAAACUGCUCUUGAUUUUUAAAACUCUGUUAAUUAUUCACAUUAAAUCAACAUCAAACCCACACACUAAUCUUUUGAGAAAAUGUCAAGCUUUCAGUUAAAUUUGGUCCAGAUUGUCAGCUUCUCCUCCAAGGGUUUCAGUGGGGGUAAAAAACGAGUGAACUUUCAACCCAGACAAAAAUGGUUGGUGUUAUUAGCAGAAGCCUGCUUGCUGUAUCAGAAAAUAAAUAUUCAUUUCAAAACCAUGCUUUACUUAAAUAAUUUAUUGUUUUUUUUUCUUGUUGUUUUAUCAUAAGUAUCACCUCAUUGUUUCUGAUGAAUAAAGUGUUU